GCAUAAGAUUCCUUUCUUUCUAAUUCUUAAUUUUUCUCUUAAAAAGUAAACAAAAAAUCAGUAUAUAUUCAUAUAUACCCAAAAGCAAACCCAAAGUCCUUCAAUUUCAUAUAGUGUCAACUUUGUCCAUUAUUAUAUAUAUUUAAUUAUUUAUAUAAAUAUUUAUAUAAUUGCUUGUCCAAACUACUACUCUUCAUCACGUAAUUAUAGUUUCCAUCCAUGGCUUCAGAUUCCAGUAAUUCAAACCUUAGAAUCAUCGUUGAAAGCAAUCCUUCAGAGUCACGCCUAGCUGAGUUGAAUAUUAAGUGCUGGCCCAAAUGGGGUUGCGCUCCAGGGAAAUACCAAUUGAAAUUUGAUGCAGAGGAGACAUGUUAUUUGUUGAAAGGGAAGGUGAAGGCAUAUCCAAAAGGGUCAUCAGAUUUUGUGGAGUUUGGUGCUGGGGACCUUGUGAUUUUACCGAAAGGACUUAGUUGUACUUGGCAUGUUUCUGUUGCAGUAGACAAGUACUACAAAUUUGAGUCAUCAAAUCAUUCUUCUUCUUCUUCUUCUUGAUCAUUAUGAGAUCUUCUUAUAGUUUUAUAAUUGGAUCAUUCAUGAUUAGUGAAAUUUGUGAUUAGAGUUA